GUUAGUAACUGAUAGCCCGUCCUUAAUAAUGCACGUGUAUACUUUUUGAUAAAACCACUUUAAAAAUGGGAUCGCCGUUUCUAAGAAAAAUAUUUUUGUGUCUUUCGUACGCGACUUUGUUAUAUUUCGUAUUUCUUUUAAUAAGAGAUUUAAACAAUUCAUCAAAAACUAACAAAAAUGGUGAAGUGAAAGUGCUCACUCAAAGUGGAGACCUAAUAUUAUUGAAUGAACCAAAAUACGUCACAGGUAUGAAAUACAUUCUUCAAUGGACAUCGCCUCGAAAUGUACCUUUGGCCUACAUGGGCAAAGGUCAAGAAGGAUUCACGAGCAGGGACUGCCCUUACCAAAAUUGCUAUGUUACGGGUGACAAAAAGUAUUUGAACGACAUAACAAACUUCGAUGUGGUUAUUUUCUCUGGACCUGAAGUAGUAACUCACCGAGGAAUCAUCUUACCAUCCAAAAGAGCUCCGCACCAAAAAUAUGUAUUUGCGUCAAUAGAAUCAUCUCAUUAUUAUCCAGCUUGUACAAACAAAUAUGGCGGAUACUUCAACUGGACGUGGACGUUUAGACUUGACUCUGAAGUGCGAUGGGGCUACUUAGAUGUAAGGGACUCAAAGGACAACCUUAUUGGCCCUAACAAAGUAAUGCACUGGCUAAAAUUGGAAGAAAUGGAUCCUGUGAGUGAAGAGUUCAAGCAGAAAUUGAAAACUAAGAACAAAGCGGCUGCGUGGUUUGUUUCUAAUUGCAGGGACAAAGCAGGACGGAUGAAAGUCGCUAAAGAACUUAAAGAUGAACUCGAAACGUAUGGUCUUGAACUAGAUAUAUACGGCAAGUGUGGAACACUGAAAUGUUCUUCAUCAAAUCAAGAAGAAUGCUUGAAAAUGGUCGAAGAAACAUACUACUUUUAUUUGUCGUUUGAGAACUCGUUUAGUGAGGAUUAUGUGACUGAAAAAUUGCUUCAGCCUCUACGACAUAACGCUGUGCCUAUUGUUUAUGGGGCAGCUAAUUACACGAGAUUCGCGCCAGAUGGAGCCUAUUUGAAUGCUAAGGAGCUGGGUGUGACAGCUCUUGCAGCAAAAAUGGCCGAAAUCAUCAGGAACCCGGAACAGUACGCCAACUUCUUCAGGUGGAAGAACCACUACUCCUACCACCACAAACAUGACAGACCUGAAACGGACGAGUACUGUAAAAUGUGUGAAAUAUUGAACAAUGAAGAGAAAUUAAAAGAGACUACAAUAAUUCAGAACUUUAGAGAGUGGUGGGACAGUCCAGACACGUGUUCAUUUAAAAAAUAUUAGGGAUUCUUGGCGAUUAUUUAUUUUAAACUUUAUUGCACACACUUUGAUAUUCAAAGUACGAAAUCAUACCUUAAUCGGUGUCAUUUUAUUUUGAUUGUUUUGACGAUUUAUAGUUUUCUUUACUUAUUUAUUUGUUGUUCAAAUAUGUAUUUCGCCUUCUACACUUGAGUCAUAAAGUGAUAGGUACUAUAAAGGUUGAUGUGUCUUGUUUUUUCACGUCUACCGACGAGUGUUUUGUUUUUGGUGAACAAUUUAAUCCGUACGCCCUUAGCAUAAGAUCUACCUACGUUUAUUUUAUAAGUGAAAUACCUUGUUUCUCAUUUUAAGUGAAAUACAUGUACAAUUUCUUUUGAGAAAUACGUUCUUAAACCUUGAAA